AUGUACUAUGAUGCAUCCGCAGAGUCUGUCUCUCGUCCUCUGGUCCAUUAUACGCCUAAGGCUGGUUGGAUGAACGACCCUAAUGGGUUGUUUUACGAUCGCUCGGAGUCCACUUGGCACAUUUACUACCAGUAUAAUCCGAAUGAUACCGUGUGGGGUUCACCGUUGUAUUGGGGCCACGCAUCUUCGAAGGAUUUGACCACUUGGACCGAGCAUGCUGAUGCGCUCUCCCCUUCGAGUAAUGACUCUAGCGUCUUUUCGGGUUGUGUUGUUGUUGAUCGUAACAACACUUCUGGGUUCUUCAACGACUCUAUCAACCCUGAGCAGAGAGUCGUGGCACUUUACACUGAACAUUCGCCUGUCUCUCAAAGACAGUUUGCUGCUUACUCGUUGAAUGGCGGGUACACUUUUGAGAAGUACGAGCACAAUCCGGUUCUAGACGGUAACUCCACCCAGUUCAGAGAUCCUAAGGUUAUCUGGCACGAGGAGACUGAAAAGUGGGUCAUGACCGCUACACGUUCGCAUGAGUACGUUGUGCAGAUUUUCAGCUCGUCUGAUCUAAAGAGCUGGGAGCUGGAGUCGAACUUCACUCGUCAUGGCUUCUUAGGUUAUCAGUAUGAAUGCCCGGGCUUGGCUAAGGUACCCAUUGUUGGAAAUUCUUCUUUGGUCAGCAGUGGUGUUACUCACAAGUGGGUGAUGUUUUUAAGUAUCAACCCUGGCUCACCCAUGGGUGGCUCUUUCACGCAAUAUUUCGUUGGUGAUUUUGAUGGUAAAGUAUUCACUCCAGACACUGCUGAGACCAGAUUGCUGGAUUACGGUAAGGAUUAUUAUGCUUUACAAACUUUUUCUGCGACUGAGAACGACGAUGUGUUGGGAUUGGCAUGGGCUUCUAACUGGGAUUACGCUGCGUAUGUUCCAACAUAUCCUUGGAGGGGGUCGAUGUCCUUGGUGCGUAAUUUCAGUCUUAGAGAAUACCAGCCAAACAGUGAGGCCGCCCAGCUAAAUCUGUUCAGCGAGCCUAUUAUUAACUACGACGCCUUGCGAUUGAACCAGUCCAUCCAAACAAAUGCCACAAACAUCAAGAAAAACGACCAACUCUUCUUCAACUUAAGCUCGAGUGCUCAUGGGCUGUUGGACUUGUCUUUUGAAUGGACGGUCAACAAGAGUAAUGUCGGUAAGAAAGAUUUUUCUGCUCUAACUGUCAAGCUGAUCGGAGCAACUGACAAAGAAGAAUACUUGGAACUUGGUUACGAGGCCAACGCCCAGGCCUUCUUCUUUAACAGAGGCAAUAGUAAUGUCAAUUCUAUGAAGGAAAAUUCAUUUUACUCCGAUAAAAUGUCUGCCAACGUCGAACCUUAUGAACUCUUAUCAGAGAAUGAAGCAGUGUUCAAGGUCCAUGCUAUUUUGGACAGAAAUAUUGCUGAGAUCUACCUAAACGAUGGUGUUUCUGUAACGACUAAUACUUUUUUCCUCACAGACGGUAACUUUAUUGGGGCUUUGGAAGUGCGUAGCUCAGUCGAUGACGUCUAUACUGUCUCAAACUUCAAUGUCAAAACAACUAGCGGUUAA